AUGUAGUUUUUGAUCUGAUCAUUCUGAUGCACUCUUGCUGGACUUGUCUCGGAUGCGGCUUGGUCUUGGUCUUGGAUGUUUUUCAAUUUGGCUCUUCACCUGGUUGAAUUUCUGACUGUAAAAAGCACUAAAUAGGAUCCUGCCCUCGAGGCAGUGUAACAGUACAAAUGGAAAGGCAACCUCUUAUAUCCGGUCAAUCUCACCCAAGAUCAUACAGUGAUAUCGAUGUUGGACACUCCCUCCAGAAUGAUGUAGACCAAUCAGAAGAUGACAGACAAUUCUCUACUCUCAGUACAUCUGUGAGGAGGAGGUUGCCAUGGAAACAAAAGGCUUCUGGGAAGGAAAGUGAUGAGAUAGACAGGAUGAACGUGCUAUCUGCAAAAUAUGAGAGUUUGGAUUAUGAUGAAAUUGAGAACUUCCUGUACUUGAAAGAAGAGAAAAAAUUCAGUUCUAAGAGUGUCCAUGUUCUUCGUAAGGAGUUAUCACGAUGGUUUGUGAUGCUAUUGACUGGUAUAAUAACUGGUCUUAUCGCUGUGAUCAUUGAUGUCACCAUAAGAAGACUCUCACAACUGAAAUACCAUACUGUUAGAACCUUAUUCAUAAAAGACAACUAUAGUACUGAUAUCAUCAAACCGUUUGGUGUAUGGCUGGCCAUGUGCAUUGCUCUGGUGUUUGUAGCGGUCAUGCUAGUUGCUUAUGUGGAGCCUAUAGCGAUGGGUAGUGGUAUACCACAAAUCAAGUGUUAUCUGAACGGUGUGAAGAUCCCACAUGUAGUACGCUUCAAGACAUUGGUCUGUAAGGUCACAGGUGUCAUAUUUGCAGUUGCAGGAGGUCUCACUGUAGGCAAGGAAGGUCCUAUGAUACAUGCCGGAGCUGUUGUGGCAGCAGGAGUAUCUCAAGGAAGAUCAACAACCUUCAAAAAAGAUUUUAAGCUAUUCCAGUACUUUCGUUCUGAUCAUGAGAAACGAGACUUUGUGUCUGGGGGAGCUGCGGCAGGCGUAGCAGCUGCCUUUGGAGCACCUGUAGGGGGCGUCCUAUUUAGCUUGGAAGAAGGAGCUAGUUUCUGGAACCAAUCCUUAACAUGGAGAAUAUUCUUUUGUUCAAUGAUGAGCACAUUCAGUCUCAAUGUCAUAAUGAGUGCUGUCAAUGGGGAUGCACUGAGUCUCUCCAGCCCAGGUCUCAUCAACUUUGGAGAAUUUACAGUCCCGCAUGACAAGGUAGCUUACCAAGCCUGGGAGAUACCUAUCUUCAUGGUGAUGGGACUUGUAGGAGGACUUCUAGGGGCACUCUUCAAUGCUAUCAACUUUCGUCUAACCAUCUUCAGAAUGAAGUACCUGUAUUACCCAUGGUCCCAGGUAUUAGAAGCUAUGUUAGUAGCUGCUGUGACUGUAACUGUUUCCUUCUUGGUGAUCUAUAUCAGUUCUGGUUCUGACUGCAGACCUUUAGAUGACACCAUUCAGUUCCCGCUACAGUUGUUCUGUGGGGAUGGAGAAUACAGUGCCUCUAGUACUCUCUUCUUCAACACUCCAGAAGAAUCAGUCAAACUUCUCUUCCAUAAAGAGCCAGGUUCAUAUGAUUUGCCUAUUCUAUCUGUAUUUAUCCUGACGUACUUCAUCCUUGCGUGCUGGACGUAUGGUUUGAGUGUACCUAGUGGUUUAUUCAUUCCAUCAUUAUUAGUGGGAGCUGCUUGGGGGCGAAUGUGUGGCAUACUUAUCAAUAUGAUCCCAGGAGCGACCAAGUACGUAUCUGCGCCUGGCAUCUAUGCAUUGAUAGGGGCAGCUGCACAGCUUGGUGGUGUUGUGCGUAUGACAAUCAGUUUAACUGUCAUCCUUAUGGAAGCCACCGGUAAUAUCUCCUAUGCCUUGCCUAUCAUGGUGGUUCUAAUGAUAGCUAAGUGGAUCGGUGAUAUCUUCAAUCAUGGUCUCUAUGACAUCCACAUCCAGGUCCAAAGCAUUCCAUUGUUACCAUGGGAACCACCUCCAUUGGGAUCAACCAUCCGUGCAACAGAAGUAAUGAGUGACCAUGUCAUUACAUUCAACACAGUGGAGAGGGUCUCCCAUAUCUUUGAAGUUUUGAAAGAUUCUAGUCACAAUCAUAAUGGAUUCCCUGUCGUUGAUCCCGAUGGUGAAACACAUAGGACUUUCAGGGGCCUAAUAUUACGAAGCCAGCUAAUUGUACUUCUAAAAGAAAAGGCAUUCAGUUCAUGGCCUUCUUGUCAAGAUCCGCGAGUGCUUCUCCAGAUUGAAGACUUCCGGGAUGCUUAUCCACGCUUUCCUGACAUCCGAGAUAUCAAUAUCUCAGAGCUUGAGGGAGACUGUACUGUAGACCUGAGACCAUUCAUGAAUCCAUCUCCUUAUACUGUUCGUAAGGACACAUCUUUGCCAAGGAUAUUCCGUUUAUUCAGAGCUCUCGGCCUAAGGCAUGUCGUUGUCACAGAUGAUUCUAAUAGGGUUGUUGGCAUGGUAACAAGGAAAGAUCUGGCGAAGUAUCGAUACUGGAGCCAUAAAGGCACAUGUGGCAUUGAAGAGCUUCACAUAGCAAGGUGAGAAGAUACAUACUGUCUAGAUCCUGUAGUAGUUAUAAAGGUAACGCGAUGCUGCAGGCCUUGCCAGAGCCAUCAAACUCUCCUGAUGCUGACUACCUGGGUAUGUAAUAUUGGUCAGAUUUUCUUCAGUCUUAUUGGUAAAUGUCUGCUCUGAUGACAAGGUGUGUCUGGGUUAGAUUGGUUAUGUGCCGCCUUAUUUUGUCGUAGUUAAUCUAAAGACUAUUUUUUCAAGUUUGAAUUCAUUGUCAGGUAAAGGAAAGGGUAUUUCAUAAAUCUCAUAUCUAAAUAUGAGAGAUUUGACCUGUAAUAUAGUAUAUAAGUAUGAUUUCCAAUCUGUCAAAUUUUGAGAAAUCUGAGACAAUUUUUCCAGGUUUUACACUACUCCAUUAUAUCUGUAACCAUGUAUGUACAAUUAUAUGCAGUAUUAUACACACAUUGUUGAUUAUCCAACAUAUUUUGACGUUUGUCCAACAGCUGCUAUGUGAACUAUGCUGCAUCAUUGUUGAUGCAUUUUCUGAUUAAACAUUUUUAGGUGCGUUAUCAGAACAUACUGUAUAGUAGUGUACAUCAAUACUUUUAUUUAUUUAUCAAAGGUCAAGUCCACCCCCGACAAAAAGUUGAUUUAAAUAAAUAUUGAAAAAUCAAAUGAGCAUAACACUGAAAAUUUCAUCAGAAUCAAAUGUAAAAUAAGAAAGUUUUAACAUUUUGAAUUUUACUUAUUUUCAUAAACAGUUAUAUGCAAACAAUGUCACACACUCUUCAUUUUUGUAUGAUAUUACAUGAAAUAUAUGAUAUUUCAGUUUUUGCAGAUUUGACAUAACGAAGCUCUUUAUUGAAUCACAAUAUGUUAAGUUUACAGGAAUCAAAACUUAUUUCACAUUAUUAUGAGGCAAAAGUUAAGAUAUUUCAUUUAUCACACAAUGAAAUACACAAGAAAUAUUGAGUGGGUGAUGUCAUUGGCACCCUCAUUUGCAUAUUGACCAAGAUGUGUGUUUAAGUGGUUUGGGAAUUAAAGCAAAAAUUUUUAAAGGACAAGUCCACCCCAACAAAAAGUUGAUUUAAAUAAAAAGAGAAAAAUCCAACAAGCAUCACACUGAAAAUUUCAUCAAAAUCGGAUGUAAGAUAAGAAAGUUAUGACAUUUUAAAGUUUCGCUUAAUUUCACAAAACAGUUAUAUGCACAUCCUGGCUGGUAUGCAAAUGAGGAGACUAUGACAUCAUCCACUCACUAUUUCUUUUGUAUUUUAUUGUAUGAAAUAUUCUAAUUUUCUCCUCAUUGUUUUUUUUAUACAACGAUUAAUUCCUCACUGAACAUGUGGAAUUAGCAUUGUUUAAUAUUAUAAGGUUCAGUCAAGUUGGUCUUUAUUUCCAAAUCUAUUUUUAAAAAAAUGAAAUAUUGUAUAAUUC